GGUAAUGGACCAUCAGGUAUCAGUUUAUCUUAUAUGCUCUCCGGAUAUCGCCCAUACUAUAACUACAGCAGCAGCAGCAGUAGCAACCAUGACAAAAACAGCAGCAGCAGCAGCAACAACAGUCGCCAUCCAAACGAAUUGCUCCAUGCAAGGAUUAUGAACAUGACACUAGAAUCUAGAGAAAAUAUUCUAGAACAGGAUCUCGGCUUGCUAUCAGAGGGUCUCGAAGGAAGAUCAACCAAUCCGGUUGCGCUGCUGUUCGACGCUUUGACCAAUCCGAACGCAGAUCUCGGUAUGCCACGCCCACCUGCGAUUGACUGGCAUUUUGAUUGGACGGCUAAAUAUGUACCCCACGUUGUUAUUGGUAAGGCAAUGCCAGGUGGAACUUGGCAGACGAUGGAAAAAACAAUGAAAUCAUUGAGCAUAAGCUCCUUGCUACAGUUACCCGGCCUACCAAUCGACGAUUGGUUACUUAAGCACAGGUUGUUAUUAUUAUUUUUGGCCUCAGUAGAUGAAGCUUGCCAGUACUUUCUCGAUUUCAUUGACGUCAACAAACUCUCAAAAAAUUUUCUCAAUUUUCAUUUGGUUACCAAAGUUCAAAAAGUACUUGCGCACUCUAAGAAAUAUUUAUGGGAAGUCACAGGCAUUGAUUCGACAGGGCGACCCUUUUGCUAUCGGGCCCCACGUCUCGUCUUGGCUACAGGGUCAUCCGAUCGUCCAAACAGGCUGGGUGUGAAUGGAGAGUCCCUGCCAAAUAUCCUCCACUCCCAUGCGGAAUUCGAAACUUUCAUCAACUCCAGAUUAGCAUCCGGAAGAGGAAAGAGAUGCAACAGCUCCUGCCCUGUCAAUGAUUUCGUGAAUACUCAUCCCAUCGUCAUCGUCGGAUCCGGAUUAAGUGCCGCAGACGCAGUUUUAUACGCCCUGGAUCGCCAGAUCCCUGUGAUCCAUAUCUUCAGGAGCGAUUUCGAAACGCUGAAUAAAAUUUACUCCAAUCUCUCUCCCGUCAUCUACCCGGAAUACACGAGGGUCUAUGAUCUAAUGACGCAAAAAGUGGUACUGAAUGGUCUCUACAAGAGCUACCCUGGAGUGGAGAUCUUAGGUUUCACUAGGAAUCAUCAGGUAGAAGAGGGCUUUACGUUCGAUGUAUAUGGUUCAUUGUGUGUACCUGAAUGUGACCAGGAACAGAGCUUAACAAUCCAGGCCUCCUUGGUCAUAAUUCUGAUCGGAUCCCAGCACAACCUCUCAUUCCUAGACGAUGAAAUCCUGAAGAAUCUUUACAAAACUCCCAAACUACUAAUUGACGUUAACCCCGUAACUUACCAAAGUAACCAGCACCGCGGGCUUUACGCCAUGGGUCCCCUUGUUGGGGAUAACUUUGUGAGAUACCUAGGCGGGGGUGCCAUGGGGAUUGCCUCCCAUAUCAUUAAAGAUUUAUCCGUGUAG